AGUUGAAACAAGGAGAAGUCCUGAACUACGAUCGCAAAAAUAUGUACAAAAUAAUUUUAAGGUCAACAGACAACGGAACACCAGAGAAAUAUGUUGAAAAGGAUAUUUUCAUAAAGAUAAAUGAAGUGAAUAACCCACCAACUAAUAUCGUAUUAAGACCAUCGGAGAUACUUGAAAACAGUGGUUUGGAUGAAACCGUUGGUAUCCUACGAGGGGCAGAUUCUAACAGAGAACUGACGAAGGAUAUGAUUUAUGAACUCAUCGAUGAUGCUAACGGACUAUUCAAAAUAAAGGGAAACGUUGUAAAGGUUGCCAGAUCAAAUGAGACAUGCAUUACCACAGGACGUCACUGUUGGUUGGAUUUUGAACAAAAACGCAAAGUUGAUAUUACAGUCAGGGUAUCUGAUCAAGGUCGUCCACCGUUAUCGUUCACAAAGAAACUACAAAUUAAAAUAAAUGACAUUAAUGAUCCACCAGUGAAUAUAAAAUUGGGUGACAACACAAUCGAUUCAUUUAGUAAACAAGGUGAUGUCAUUGGGCAGAUAUCAUUGCAAGAUGAUGAUAUACAUCAGAGACACACGUUUGAAUCAUUUGGUGGGGACACCAAUGAAUUCGCUGUUUUCCCAAAUGGCACCGUAUAUAAAAAUUCUGAUGCCAUAUUGAGUAUGACGCAACAAUACAGGCUACUUGUGAAGGUGACAGACAGCGGUAAUUCACCCGCAAGUAAUGUAGCUUCUGUAUCAAUAACCGUAACUAACAAGAGUUCGGGAAUCACAAUAGGAUAUUUUCCCAGAAAGCUAGACAUUCC